CACUAUGACUGUUCUCACCUACCUCCUGACAAGGAUUGACUUGCUUUUGUAUCUUACAACAUGCAUUUUAUUGUUUUUCUACUGGAUCAAUGGAUCUACAAGCAAAGGAAAGAUGCCUCCGGGCCCUAAGCCUCUUCCUUUUAUCGGGAACCUCAAUCUGGUGGACCUGAAAAAGCCAUAUGAGUCCCUAAUGGAGCUCUCAGAGAAGUAUGGAGAAAUAUUCACUAUACACUUUGGACCCAAGAAGAUGGUAGUGAUCGCAGGAUACAGCGCUGUGAAGGAGGCUCUGGUCAACCAAGCUGAUGACUUUGGAGAAAGAGCAGUUAUGCCAAUCUUCAAACUAUUAGCUAAAGAAAAAGGUAUAGUAUUUAGUAAUGGAGAACCUUGGAAAGCCAUAAGGAGGUUCACACUCUCAACUCUUCGAGACCUUGGAAUGGGGAAGAAAACAAUAGGAGCCAGAAUACAAGAUGAAUUAAUUCCUCUUAUAGAAAACUUCAAGUCACACAAUGGUGAACCAUUUAACACAACCCUCAUAAUAAACUGUGCAGUGUCCAAUGUUAUCUGCUCUAUCAUUUUUGGAGAAAGGUUUGAUUAUGAUGACCCAAUGUUCAAAAACAUUGUUGAAAUUACGAUGGAAAAUGCGAGACUGGUUGGCACACCAAAAGUAAUGCUGUUUAACUUUUUUCCUCGUAUCUCAACCCUUCUUGGAGUACAUAAAGAACUCAAGCAGAAUUAUGAUGAUCUCAGUGAGUUUGUUUUAAAGCGCAUCAAACAUCAAAGACAGGAGUUGAAUCCAAAUUCUAUCUCUGGAUAUAUUGAUGCAUACCUUAUGAAGCAAGAACAGGAGUCAGCCAAGGCAGAAAAGUACUUUGACAAUGAAAAUCUGGUCUGGUCAGUUUUGGAUCUCUUUGCAGCUGGGACGGAAACAACAUCUACAACACUACGCUGGGGCGUGUUAUUGAUGAUGAAGUAUUCAGAAAUACAAAAAAAGGUACAAGAGGAAAUCCGGACACAUAUUAAACAAGGACAGAUGCCUGCAGUGGAUGAUCGCAGGAAUAUGCCUUAUACUGAAGCAGUGAUACAUGAAAUUCAGAGGUUUGCUAAUAUCGUUCCUCUGAAUGUGUCACACACGACUCCAAGUGAUGUGUAUUUUCGGGGUUACUGCAUCCCAAAGGGUACAGAGGUCCUUCCUUUUCUUACAUCUGUUUUGUAUGACAAGACUCAGUGGGAAACACCUUAUGAGUUUAACCCAAACCACUUUUUGGAUGAGGCCGGAAAAUUUGUGAAACGAGAUGCAUUUAUGCCCUUUUCUGCAGGAAGAAGAGCUUGUGUUGGAGAAAGUUUGGCCAGAAUGGAGCUUUUCCUGUUUUUUACCGGCCUUCUGCAAACCUUCACUUUCUACCCACCUCCAGGAGUCUCCAGAGAAGAUAUAAGUCUCAAGCCUGGCACUGGAUUUAUUUUAUUUCCUUUACCACACUUAGUAUGUGCAAAGCUCAACUACUAGUCAAG